AUGCAAAUUCCGUUCUGUUUUGCCUUUUUUGUUUUGUUUUGGAGUCCAGUAUCUUCAGCGUUUAGUGAUGUAACUGAAAGUGUUGGGAUUUCAGUGGUAAAAGGGUACGUGGCGGCCUUUGGUGAUUUCAACGGCGACAAGGAGACAGAUCUCUUUGUUGUGACCGAUGAAGGUAAUAUGCACAGCUGUUUUGCAGUUAUUUUUAUACUUGUUUUGAUUUUAAAUUCUUUUGAUUUUGGGUACUCUGAAUGGUUAUGACGCUUAUGAGUUAAAAAAAGGGCAAACAAACUAAUGUAAAACACAAUGUGGGUGUACCUGUACAUGUAUGCAUAUAAUAAUUAUAUGCAUACAUUAACACAUUAAGCUUGCAUUGAAACUGCAUACAUGUAAUACUAAUGCAUGCAUGUGGUUAUAUCAAGCUUUAUAGCCAAAUGUUGUACUGUACACUUUGGCAGACUACACUGUACAUACCGUAAAUCCACUAUUCAGCCCUCCGGGGGGCUUAUUUAUUUCAAACACAUUUGGGAGGGGGGCGGCUUGUUAGAGAUAGGGGGCUUAUUUACUGUAUUUAUUUGAUUAAACGCCCCGGUGUUUAUUACUUUUCAGUGUUUCCGAUGCAGCAUUUAUGUAAGGGUGGCAUUUAUCUGAGGGCAGUGUUUGUUUUGAAAUCACUUUUCACUGAUAACAGUUUCUGUAAAUCAUUUUUUCAAAUAAUAUUAUGUACUUUAAAAGUUCGUAAUUGUCUGGAUGGUGUAGAUUAUCAAGUUGUACCAAUUUUUUCCUGAUUAUCCUUAAAUAGACGCUGCAUUCUUUUAAUUAGGUGUGGUGUUUAUUCAAGGGCGGGUUUUAUUCGAAGGCGACUUUUAAUCGAAUAAACACGGUAAUUUAGCAAAGACGAUUGUAUCAGUUAUCCAUAAGAAACUAUAAUUCUGAGCGUAAAAGUUCAAGUAUCAGAAGUUGGAGGUCUUGCAGCGGAGGAUCAAAAACAAAUCCGAACCUCCAGUUGAUGAAUAAACCAUCCGGGAUCAGUCCACACUAGUAAAGUGUUACAGUUGUGAUUGCAGGGCUCGAAAUUAACAGUAACACAUUAACCAACGGUUAGUAGUUUCUAACGUUUGGUUACUAAAAAUGAGCCUUACUAUUCCGAUACGGUUAUAGUAAAAAUUUCCGUCUCUGAAAAUCUUACACCUGUUUCUUUCUUGCAUAACAUUGUGUUCUAUCUCAAUCAAUUUAUUGUUCUAUAAGAUAUGUGUAGGGCAUAAUCGAACAUCACGAAAAAGACGCAUUUCAUAGAACUCAAGGUAACCAGGCUUUUGUUGGAUGGGGAGAUCUGGACACAGCCUUGAUAUACAAGGUUGUGGUCUAAUGGCGCCCAGUCGCCUGAGGUCACUAACAUUUAGGUUCGGGUGACUGAAAAAAAGUUCCCUGUCGCCCGGUUGGGCACUCUUGCUUCUGGUGCAGUGUUCAGUUAAGCGGGCAGAAAAAUUUAACAAAGUAGUGUUGGCUUGUUGAGUCAGAGUUUACUAAACCCUACAGAAAAUGUUUUUACGAAUGUUGUACGAAAGAAACGGGCACCCGUCGAUGUUCAAAGGUCGUUCUGCAUGAUUUCACAUGAAACAUAAUCCAUCACUUUGAACGUGACAAGCGGCACGGAUUUCUACCUCUUCUUAACCCAUUCACUCCUGGAGAUUUUGCCGAAAAACGCGUUUUGAAGCUAGUCGAGUGGUUUUCUGGUCACUGUCGUGCUAUAAAGAGCUAAAACUUACCACAAACCGGUUUACAGGUCGUACACUUGGCGGCCUUCUGAUCCAGAUGCAAAAUAUCAGCUUGCGAAGUUCGGGCAUGCGCAGAAAGCACUUUUCGCUUUCUCUCCUCCCUUCUUUUUUCGCUUUUCUUGCCUCAUUUUUUUUUUCUCUUGCUGGGCAUUUAGUAGGCUUCAUUUUGGUGGGAAGAGUUUUUAGGAAAGCUUUUAGGAUCUUAGGAUUAGGUGAAAGGAAAGGUAGGUGGGUAAUGGAACAAGAUUUUCAUGGAGAUUUUCAGGUCCUUGUCAUGUGGUUUUUUGCUUCUUUCUCCGGUGUCCUUGACUGAAUUGUACUCAUUCUGGUAUGGUUUGAAAGAUCUCUUCACUCUGCACAAGUUAGCGAAGAAAGUUGUCCUUGACCGUUAAAACUGAUGACGUCACAAAGGGUAGAAAGGACCUGGAUCCGCAUGGGCGGUUACGGGCGGUUCAGGGGCGAAUGGGUUAAAAUAGUUUUAAAUGUUUUUCUUUCAGAUAGAAUGGUUCAUUAUGUACAGUUUUUAGGAGAAACUGUCAAUACUUUUCUGACAAAUGUAGAGCGCGGCUGGCGCGGAAUAAUUUAAUUUUGUAUAAAACGGAAGUUGCUGAAUUGACCAGUAUGCAAAUGUAAUGUUUUUUACGGUUUUUGUCUGCUUGGCUCAAACAUAACUUACGAUUGUUUUCCUCCCUUUACAUAAGAUAACGAAAUAUAAAAAGAAAAGAUAUGAUCGUUCUGAUCGUUUUUAUUGUUGUUUUAGAAACAGGGCAGUUCCACGUUGUCUUGGCAUUUUUCGUAUCGAAAACUAAAUUCGAAUGCAUGCAUAUAUAGGCUAAGUUUUAGUAGUUUAGCGGCCAAAAAAAAUAAUAAAAACAUAGAAAGAAGAGCUGGUUUACGCUUCGACCGUAUCCACGAAAAGCUCAAUUAUCCUAAAAGAUUCACUGAUAAUAUAGAAAAGAAUAUUAAAGAUGACUUAUUUUUUUAUUAAAACAAUAGAUUUGGGGCCGCGGCAGUUGCAUGGAAUUUUUCACGGGAACUUGAGUGCGAUCUGCCUCGUAUAAAACUGUGUUCCGUUAUAUUUCAUGCUGCAUUGAUUCACCUUUUGAAAAUUUAUUUUCAAGUUUUGUAUUAUUGGUAAAAAGCACAGUUUUCCUAUGUUUGACCCAAGGAUCUUAAUGAAGUUUGCGUAAACCUGCUGAAAUCUUUUACUUUUCCCUCUUUAAAACCUAAACAAUUCGGCGGCAUUGCUUACGUUUCUGGUUUUAAAUCCAGUGGCACGAAAACUUUGAUGAAUUUCAUAAAACAACAUGCGAGUUUUUGUCGAACCCAAAAGCUAAAAUUACCGAGUUUGGUGAUCAGCAGGCUAGUAAGAUUCGUGUGCGUACAAAAUACUUCCUCACCAGAUGUACUCGGGCGACCAACUUGAGAGGCCUGGGCACCCCAGCUGGAAUUUGGGCUCCCGAAAAUUUUAUUCGGGCAGCCAACUUUGAGGUCUGGGCACCUUAACUAAAAUGCUUGGGUGCCCGAAGGGCUCCCUGAAAUUUUCCUUAGAGCACAGCCUUGAUAUAUCUUUCACAAGUGGCUCGUUCACGUCAUGUAACUUGUUUAUUAUACAGAUCAGAUACAGAGAUGCUUGGAUAGUUUUUUCAAAAAAAGUUUGCCACCCAAAAUUGAAAGAUCGAGAAUAAUGACAAAGAAGAAGUACGGUUUCAAACACUACAGAAGGCUCCUGCGCGGAGGGCAAUUGAAGAAAGAAAAAACUUUCCACCAAGAAUCGGAAAAGGUGUUCACCUGGCUGCAGUUCGAUGAGUCUAAACAAAGUUUUGCGGUGUUUAUGGUGAAUUUCCCACCCUCACGUAACGUAAUUGUAAGAAAAUGUAAAUAGCAUUAAAUCUUUUAUACAGUAUGUGGUCCUUGGUCCGCAACUUUUCUGAAAAUGACAAUACUGGUAUAUUUCGUUGAGAGGUAUUACAGUACUCAAACUGUUCCAACUCACUGGGCUGGUAAUUGGGUCUCUUGAUCUAGAACGGAGUAUCCAGCAUAAUUCCAUCUCAGAGAUGUAUAAUUAUGGGUCAGCAGUAGGAAAUGAAGGGAAAAAAGUCGCAAAAAAGGGGGAAAACAUCACAAAGCCAGGAAUACGUUAUAGAUACCAGGGUCACUCACAUGACAGGGAGACAGCUACAUUACAAUGUGUGGUUCCAAAAAAUAUCCAUACCCCACCACUGAGGGAAUUUUACUUAGGACCCCCCACCUCCCGGGAUUUUCCAUAUUUGUAAGGAACUGACAACCCCCCCAUCCCUCAGGAAUUUCCACAAAGUAAGACAAAGACUCCCCAACCCAUCUAGAAUGGUUUAUUUUCACGAAAAAAGAUUAGCAAAGUAAACAACAACGCCCAUUUGCAGUUACGCAAUGGUUAUCAUUUAAUGUUAUUGAGCGGUCUUGAAUUAGAACACAGUAAACUACCUACAAAGCAACCUAAACUACAAAAUAUUGCUUAUCCGUUUGAAUGAAAGAGAUAAAGUUGUAUCUGUCAGUUUACCUUGACGUGCAAGCUUAUGAUUUUUUUUCCAAAUGGUGGGUGGCCGUCUCCUCAGCCGUAAUGUUCAUGGAAUUAAUGCCAUUUCAGCUUAAAUACGCUUGCCAACACGUCAAACUUUCAGCCAUAAAAUUAAGGGAAAACGAAAAGAAGAUUAAAACUCUAGAUUCUGAAAUCUUUACAUUGUAUACCUUCUGUUUCUUGAAGUGAAACUUUCACUGUUGUACAGUUCAAUCAACUGAUGCGAUGCGCAGUAUUAGUAAUGCAGAGAUCAAAGAAAUGUGGCUAGUCACCAGUGCUUUUUGUAAAGGAACAAUGAGACUACAGAGACUGGUAACGAGUGAUGGCGGUCAAUAUUAUGCACAUGACAAGUCAAGUUUUUGUCAGCCUAAUAUGGGCUGAAAGAAAGAAGACCUGGUUUAGAUGAAAAAAAAAACAAUCAUAAAUUAUAUAGUUAAACUUCAAAAAUGAUAUACCAGAUCAGUACGUAGCAAUUUUCGCACUGAGUUCGAAAUUUACCCCGUGGAAAGUGAUUUUUAUCAUCCAACCCCUGUCCCCUCUGGAAUUUCCUGGGCCUCGGCACCCCCCCUCCCCAGCCCCUUUGGGAUUUCCAAUGGGGUAUGGAUAUUUUCUGAAACCACACAAUGCCACUAAAAAUGACAAAGAAAUGGUUUAGAUUGUACUACAUCAUUUUCACCGAAACAAGACUGUUCUUGUAUUGGUAUUGAAAAAGCAGGCUUUAGGGCCUUAUUUCCGUGCAGGGUUCGCAAAUAUGCCUGAUUUGGCGUAUUUUACACCAAAAUUGAUCAGAUGACUCCACUGAGGUUACGGAAGGAGUCACUUUGACUCCAAAAAUUUUCGGUAAGAAACACAGUUUUGUCCUUACCUUUUUCGCAACAAAUACAAUUUACGUUAAGGGUAAACGUUGUAAACCUUAAUUAAAUCAUCAAAAUUAAAGCAAAACAGGAAGAGGGUAAAUAAUUUAUUACGAUCAAAGUUUACUCGAUGACCGCCAUCUUGGAUUUGAGCUUUCCAGGUCAGUGGACCGCCACAGCUAUUUCAUGUAUCCCUCACGAUAGUGUAUACAUGGCUCUUUUCUUUGUGGUACUUGACUCCAAAUAUUCCAAAAUGACUGCAAAAUAUGUGAAUCGGAAAACUCACUGACUCCACUCAUCAAUAAAAUUUGCAAACCCUGUCCAUGCAUAAGGAGACAAACUUCUCCAAAGCUUUUUUCCUUUUCCUCACAACAGAUUGUCAACCCUAGAAAAAUAGCUUUGUUGAAUUUUCAUUGCUGAAUGCUUUAUAUUUUUGUGGCUAGUUUAAAAACGUUUGCAUAUUAUGUUGCUGCAGGUACUAUUUCAUGAUCAACCUCCAAAUGUUUUUUUCUUUCCAUCUCUUUCAGGUAAACGUCUUGAAAUUUUGUUCUGGGAUAAUUCUGAUCUAAAGUUCAAGAAAGGAAAAGCAGAAGUUUUGCUGAGGUAUCAAAUUGCUCAUUGUUUUUUAAAGAAGAACUCUCAUUUUAAGUACUUACGUGUAAGGAACAAAAUAAUUAUGCAGUUUUUAUUAAUGAUAAUUAUUAUGAGAUUGCUGCACAGGUUCUGUGAUUGGAUGCAAUGUGAGAUCAAUACAGUCCAAAAAAAUGAACCAUUUUGCAAACAGAAACCCGAAGCCCUGAUCAGACAAUUGUCAUUUGUCCAAACUUCUGCCAAAACUACAUAAUGUUAUUGUUUCUUUUUAUUACUUUUUAGUGAGCAGAUUGUAAAUGUCAGCCCUACAGAUUUUGAUGGCGAUGGAUGCCUUGAUGUUUUAAUUACAACUCAGUUACAAAAUGCCGGCUCCCAGGAGACAGCCACAGUCUUUGUUUAUUGGGGAAACCUACAGACAUUAGGUUUGUUUAAUUGCAUGAUGAGAUUUGGUCUUUUGGCUUGUUGGGUUAUUGUUGCAUGACUGUAUUACAUUAGAGUGACAAAAUGAUUAUACACGCAAAUGACUUUUACUGAAAGUGGUAUAAGAAGCCUUAUCAGUACUUUUUGAAAUGUUUCUGAAACCUUUGCAGACACAUGUUUUUUUGGAUUUUUAGACUAAAACAAACAAAGUCGAAAGUGGAAGGAUUCCUUGUUUUUUGCACCAGUUAUUGUUCCUAUUGACUGGAACAUUGUAUGCAGCAAAAAGCCAAGGAAAAUAAAUGAAACCUUGUGUAGUAGGAGCAGAAAACUUUAUUGACCGGCUGCAGUACAAGGCCAGCUCCUGACGAGGUCAAACAUGGGGGAACAACAUGCCACACUCUAUUGCUAAGACUGUUUUUAGGCAAUAAAAUCAUAUCAACCCAUAAAAAUAUGUCAUCAUUUGAGUAGGGUACAAUGUGUUCAAUUAGCAGAUGAUUGUGACAAGAAAAAUAGACACUGCACAGAGAAACAGUGUCUGUUAAGUGAGGUUGAUAGUAUUAGAGUUUGUGGGACGUAAGUCACAGAAAAGUGUCCGUUGUCCCUAUUAACCAAUGUCCAUUUUAAGCAGGUUAAUUUAGAGGGAAAAAACUGGCCUUGGUUCCUGAAAGGCUGAUUAGUGCUUAUCCAGGAUUAAAAAUUUUGUCCCAUUGUUUUUUUACCUUCUUUUGCAUUGCUUCGAGUAACAUUUCACAGUAUGUUACCAUCUCUGAAUCUCAUAGUAGAGACUCGACCAUAUUUUCUGAGCUCGAUUGACAUAUACUUAGACAAGAAAACCUUUCUUAAAAUUUGGCUUAACCCUGGGUUUAAACUUAACCAUCUUUCAAGGAACUGGGUGCUGGGCUUUUUGUCGGCCCGACAAUGAUAACAAAACUGUCUACUAUAAAUGGGUGUCCAUAAUUAUUUAGUGGGUGUCUGUAGAGCAGGGUUCCAUUGUAUUGCUAAUCAGUUGUUCAUUAAUAAUACAACCGAAACACUAAUUUCUGUGCUGGGUAUUGUAUCCUUAUAGGUGACAACGUCAGCUUUACUAUGAGGGACCAACCCUUAGUCAUGGAGUAAGUAAGCAAAUGUAUCUGGAGUAAAUAGUAACUCAGAGCUGUAUGUAACUAAGGGUGCUUACCAUUGGUCAGAAUUGACAGGCCAGACCAGUCCAGUUGUAAGGAGCAUUUCACUGUAUUUAUUACAUAAACACCCAUGAAAUACCAGGUGAGCUUUCGCGCGAAAACAUGAUAUCUUCACACGUGAAAAUAGCAUGUUAUUUUCACAUGUGAAAAUAUCACUGUUGCUAUGGCUACAUAAUAAAUUGCACCUUUUGCAGGAAAAAACUGUUUCAGUGAAAUGGUUUGGUAUUACAUUGGUGUUUAUACAAUAAAUAAAAUAUUACAUGGCUGCUUGGAGAUACGAAAUUUCUCUUGUGUUGAAAAUAUUUCACUCGUUCGCUGCACUCACUUGCGAAAUAUUUUCCAACAUUCGAAGAGAAAUUUUGUAUCUCCGCGCAGCCAUGUAAAAUCCUCUAUAUCAGUAUCAAUCCAUUAAGAAAAUGGUGUGCACGGCAGUGAUGGGUUUUUAGUGAAGACUCUCGAAAAAAAAGGACAUUUCAUUCGCAAAAAUAACCUGUAAUAAAUAACACAGCAAAUAUAAAAGAAGCUACUGAUGGAAAACCUUUAAGAAGACUGAAAUGGAUUUCAAUUGUGGAUUUGAAAACUUGUUCAUUUGUAACGUUCGAUAUAAUGGAGAUGUACGUGUUUUAUUGGACACUAUUAAAGCUGUAAUUGUGUCAUUUAAUUUACAAGUACUUGUAAUUUCUUUGUUAACAGGCAUGACACAGACCCUUUAAUUGGGAACAAAAUAACCUCCUGUUCUGUAAUAUAUAUAUUUUUUGCCACAAAUCACUAAAUUUUCUGCCCUGUAUUAUCCGCCUGCUUUAACUUGUCAUAAUUAUGGUAGAAUAUCACCACAGAAAUUAAGUUUUCUAACCUUUGUUUUCAUGUCAUUUUAAUACUUUCAGUGCUAAUGGGGAUCUUUUGCCUGAUCUUCUUGGUGAAUCAGUUGGUGGAAAUGUCCGGUCUUAUUGGAUCUCUAAAGGGUAAGGGAAACAAGCUUUUAGGAGUCACAGCUCUGUCCUUGCGACCACUCUGUCUCAUAAGCGUUUAGCUCUAGUUAUGACCAUUGUAAUGAAAAACUGCUUCAAAUGUGGAUUGAACUUUGUAAUGAAGAUCUUUGAGUUUGCCUUUUAUCUGCUGAAAUGAUUCUUGCAUGACACAACUCUUGCUCAAAACAUCUGUGGACGAUUUUGUGCUAUGUAUUAUGUCUUUUAAUACUGUUGUUAGUUACAGUGUCUAUUAAGAUAUAACUAUAAAAAUGAAAAGCAAAUUGGAAAAAACGGCUUUUAUGUAAGGGUAACAAAAAACGAAAUUCCGAAAGUAUCGACUCCUGAAAGUAAAAUCAAAAUAAUGAGGUUGCUCAGAAAAGUGGUGCCCUCCCUACUUCAAAAGUAGCUUACAUAUACCUGGUCACUUUUUUUUUUACAAAUUUAUGUCUUUUACUUCCAAAGAAGAGCUCAGUUGCACUAUUUUUAGCCUGCAGAGCUGGCAGGGUUGUUAUGCGUGGGGUACUUUCUUGGUGGUGGAGCUGCGAGAGAGAAUCAAUAUUAUUUUGAGUUGCUCCCAAUCUUUCGUGGCUCCGCCCCUGAAAAACAACAGUACUCGCCCACUAAUCCUGCCAGCUAUGUGGGUUACACUUUGUAUAAAACAUUUUUUGCUACCUGAAAGUAGAGCCCCCAUCAAAGUAACGAUCCCUUGAAAAUGGGGAGUCCAAACACAAAUGUAACAAAAUAAUGUAAGAAAACACUGAACUUGACUUGCUUACUUUCAAUAUAUACACCAUGUUAUUGUAUUUUAUCAGGACAAUUUGUAUUUCUUGAAGCCCUUUUGCAAAUUUCAUUUUAUUUUAUUAUUAUUUUCACUGACUUUUAGGUCAAAUAGAAGCUUUGAUGUACAACCACAGAGUAAUUCUAGUGGCAAGUUGAAUCCAAUAAGAGUGCCACACUCAAAUGCUUUCUUAGAUCUGACGGGAGAUUAUACUGCAGGUUUGUUUAGUUUUAAUGAUGUUCAUAAGGGUCCCUUUCCGUACAGUUUACUGUAUUCAGGGCAAAGAUUUUCAAGAUGAUCUGUGAGGAGUUUCAUUCUACCGGGAUUAAAUUUUGGGAUUUAACUCUGUGUAUUUGGCUCGUGUGCACAUGUAGGUGGAGAUUAGGAGAUUAGGAGUUGCGUUCUCCUAAGGUCGAACGAAAAAAUAAUAGUAAAGUCAAUUAGGCCUCCCCCCCCCCCCGCCUGGGAAUUUUUGGUGGUUGUGUUUUGCUCUUGCCUGUUAAAUCGUGCUCAUUCGAGUCUAAUCCAUUGCCGGAUUAGCAUAAACGCUAUUGGCAAUUACCUUGAUUAAAGAUGUGGUUCGAAAAAUAUGCAGAAGUUAGGCAUGUAAGGCUAUGUCAGGGACCGCGGAGCAAGGUGAAAAGUGGGAGGGCUGACAAUUGAAAAUAAUUCUUUCACAUUGAAAAUCGAAGAAAGGAAUAAAAUCAUAGUAUUUGAUUUUCAAAAAGGCACAAAAACCAUGGGGCCGGAUAAAGCCUCUGUCACACACCAUACCGGAUAAGGCCUCUGUCCACACAUGAAAACGGGGAUUUCGAUUUUCUGCGCAAAGCCCGUUUUCGAAUUUUCGUCGCUUACAGUAGGGACUUUAAGAUUCAGGGACGCGAAGGCAACGCGAACGUAUCUUAAAAAGUGAAUUUGCUUUCUUUCAGUCUUUAUCGCAAUUAUUCCUACCCACUUACUUUGGCAAAUGCAGGCGAACCCUCCUAAGUUAAAUUCUUAGGAACCAUAUCCAAGUUCAGAAAGAGAAAUAAGAUUUGGUCGUUGUUUGUUUACGUACUCCGUAAAACGCGAAAUUAGGCAUUUUCACCUCGUAGUCGUGCAAAAACAGGUUAAGAAAUGUACAAACGAGCGUGUUGCGCGUGCAAAGUUGUUGUUUUGGUUAUUAAACCUAUUGUUUUCUUGACGUCCUCGUUGCCGUCCCCGUCGUUGGAUCUUAAAGUCCCUAUUCGCUCGCCUCGCAAGCGUCACUCACGCCUUCGGCGCUUACGCAGUCGACUUGUGGCAAGUCUAUAAACCUGUUUGUACGAAAAGAUAUCCGGUAUACGUAUACCAGUUUCAGGCCUUGGCGGCCGUUUUUCGGUAAAUGGAACUGAUUUGUGUAAAUUUGUAAAGUCGAUGUUUCUUGCAGAUCUUUAUGUUUCCAAUCAGCAGAAUAAGGGUGAAAUCUGGGUUAAUGAGGUAAGUAUAUUUUACUAGUUCAAUUGCCUUUUUUUGUUACAAAGAAUAGAUUCCAAGUUUGAGGGUCAGGAAACUUUAUUUAUUAAAACACGGUAAUUCCUUCAGGUAAAUUCAGUGCGGGGUUGUGGAAUAGCGUGUUUAAUCAAAUGUCCAGGGGAAAACUAGAAGAAUAGCUGCUUAAAUCAACACGGAAGCGUACUGAAAUGCUCAGUUAUGUCUGUGAUCCAUUUGCAGCUCUAUUUCAUUGGUUUUAAAACCUUUUUCCAUUUCUUGCAGGUCAUUGGAAUACAUUGUUCACUUUUCAUGUUAUUAAACUCAUCAGUCCUUAAUUGUAUUCUUUUAUUUACAGGCGGGUAUCCUUACUUUUAGACAAACGAUUUCCCCUCCUCCUAUAACAAGCAAAGAAAUUAAGAUUUUUGGGCAGUCAACUUUUGCUGACAUUGGUAAGUUUUACUCUCUUCCCAGGGCUUGAAGUAAUUUUCCCAGUUAGUGCUCGUCAAAUAAUUGUCCGUUGAAAUCAGGGCUAGAAAUAAUUUCCGGAAAGUCUACGGACACGAUGACCGGUCAAAUUCAUCUUACCUGGGUGAAACCUAUUUAAAAAAAAAAAAAAAUGAAGAAAUGAGUUCCUAAAAAGAGUGCAGAAUAAUUCUCAUUGAUGAAACUGACACAAAACUACUUAUUUUCGUGCAGAUAUAAUGAACAGUAAUAAACCACAGGUAAAUUGAAAACUCGGUCACGUGGUAUAAAUUCAGUGCCCUAAACUUGAGCGCUUACUACUUUUUUUACGAAAAUUUCAGCGAGAAAGGUCCGUCAAAUGGUAUUGCCUGGUAUCCAUUUUCGAACCGAAAACAGGAAUGGGAUUAAGUUUUACCAUUUACAUGAUACUUCUGAAUUUUUCGCUUUUCCUCGAGAGGAAGCCUAGCACUGGUAAUCCAAAAAAAUGGUACGGCAAAUUUCGGUUUACUUGUUCCGAUAAAAGCUUGAAAAAGGUAGUAUCUCUGCUCAGAAGGUAGAACCUCUUUUCCGAAAACACACCAGUCCACCGGAGCGAACCGUGCCAUUUGAUUUCUCCGUGGAAUUACCACAUUUUCCCUCUACAAAUGGGAAGCUCUCCUUGGUUUUAAGUUUUCUUAUUGUUAUUGCAAUUUUCAGAUGGAGAUGGACGUCUUGAUAUGCUGUUACCAGUCUGUACAAAAGACGAUUGCUCGGAAAGUUCUGUUUAUGUUUACUCCAGUGGCCGGGUGGGUAGUUAUGCUCUUGAUCCGGAUAAGGAGAUCACAAAAUGUUGUCCAAUGACUAUUGGCUUCAUGGCCUACUUAAAAUAUCGAAUUUUUCACAUACUGAAUUUAAUAUCUAUUUGAGUGGACGUAAAUGGUGACGUUCGACGGUUGAUUAACACGUGAAACUUAAUUGGAAUCACGAUGUACACGUAAAAGGUGAAUUGAAUUUGGCCUAAGACCAGGUUUAAACGCUGCAUUUCGCGUGUACCGAACGGAUAGCUUAUGAGGAAAAUCUUUUUUUUUUUUCGCUCAUUUACAUUACAUUCAGCACACAUGUAAAAUGCAACUUUUAAACCGGGCAGGAUAUUAAACCGGUUGGAUAUUAAAUUCUACUCAGCAUUUUGACUAAUAAUAGUGAAGCGUUGGUGCAGGUGACUUCGCAAUAGUUUUUUCUGUCCUGUGCAAUGUUGGCUACACAUAAAUGCGAUCUUGAGGGUUAUUUAAUGUCAUAAUUAAUAUUUUGAGGUCAGUUAUAUGUUUUGCUCUGACUCGUCCGUUGGUUUCUCUGUCCCUGGAACCUCGAUAUAACGAACCUCUUUAUAACGAACGAUUUUCUUUACCCCAAUAAAAGUAAAAUCUAUGAAAAAGAACCUCAGUAUAACGAAACCUCGUUAUAACGAAAAAAUUUUGCCAGUUCCUUGGCCCUUCGUUAUUUCGAGGUUCCACUUUUUAAAAUGAAUUUGCGUUCUUUUAGUCUUUAUCGCAAUUAUUCGUAACCACUUUGUCAAAUGUAGGCGAACUCUGAAUUCCUAGGGACCAUAUCCAAGUUCAGGAAGAGAAAUAGAAUUUUGUCGUUGCUUAUUUGCGUUCUCCAUAAAACGCGAAAUUAGGCAUUUUCACGUCGUAGUCGUGCAAAAACGGGAAAAAAAUGUAGGAAAAAAAGUGUGAUGCUCGUGCAAAGUUGUUGUUUUGCUUUUGAAAUCUAUUGUUUUUUUGACGUUCUCGUUGCGGUGGCGUCAUUAAUAUUAACAAGGUCAAGGGGAGCGCUAUGGAUAAUGAGAAAGAGGAAUUUUCUUCCUUCCCGUCGCUCCUCGCUCUCUCUUUGCUCACGCUUCCCGCGUUCCGUCCUCCGCGAGACGACUGGGGACGAGCUAUUGUUUUGCUUGCAGUGGUGGAAAAUGAUGUCCAAUGAAAGGCGACCUAACACUUGGCAGUUCAUCCCUCCAGCAAACCAGACAUCCUCCAUGUUCCCUCUGAUGACCAUAAGGACAGGUAACUUGCCACUCUACAGUAUUAAAAGUAGAGUUAACAACUGCAUCGCUAGAUGGGGGCUGGGUGAGUGGAAAGGGCUAAAAAAAACCACUUGAAUUCUAGCUUGUUCUUUGGGCGAGCCGCUCUCUUUCACAUUUUGCUUUCUUCUUACUCGUCAUAGUUAAUGAUUUUGUGACUGGGCUGCCCGUGAGGGCAACGCCCUAUCAAGAAUUACCUUCUGUCUAUGUCGAAAAAAGACAGAAUGGCGAACGGAACUCCCAGAAGGCUUUGCAUGUUAUAUUUCCUCUUCAGUGGGGACGAUUUUUGCGGGGACGGCACGGGUCAUUUCAUGCACCCAUCACACUGAAAAAUAUCAGUAGAGGGAAAAACCAUCAGGGAGGGGAGGGUGGAAAAAAUUGGCAGCAAAAAUACAAACCUUGUGGCGCGAAAGGCUGCACGAAGGAAACUCUACACGGCACCGAAUCACUGGCUAUUUCAACGCCAGAUCUAGUCUAGUCACCUAUGGACGCUACUCCUUAUGCAGUCGUCCUUUGGCUUAUCCUGACGCGUGGAAUAGGCUUGAGGGUAGGUGUUUGUUAAUUGACCUAUACAAUAAUUUUACAUUAUACAUUCUUAAGGUGACUACGACAUGGAUGGGUUUUAUGAUGGUCUGGUGGUGAUGGAUAUUAACGUACCAGGGUAAGUUGCAGUAAAACUUUUAAGGCGCUUUCCAAAAGUCAGAUCUGGCAGGCCAGGCCGAUCAUUUUGAAAAUGAAAUUUCAGUAUUUUCUGGAAAUUCAAACUAAAUCUUAUCAGUGCCUCUACAAAGUCGCGAAAUUGUAGAAACGUUUGUGUGUGUGUGUGUGUGUGGGGGGGAGGGGGGAGCAGCGUGCACAAAAUUUGGUGACUUUGUGGACCUAUAUGUUUGUUAGUUUUCAACAAGUCAUGUUCAAAAUUAGCAUCUUUACUUAUCCUAUGGCGUUACUUUCCAGUCGGUUUAAUGGAUUUUCUCUAAUUGGUCCCAGUCAAAAGAAGAAAAACCGUGAAAGGGUCUAUUGAACGGAAGAUCAAACUUUGGAUCGCAGAAUCUGGCCUAAGCUUAAAUUGAUUAAAAGGAACACUAUAAUCAGUGAAAGGUUCCGGCAAUUCUACUUUUUUACAAAAAGAUCAACUCUGCUACUUGAAAAGAGCAGAAAAAUUAACUUUCUGCAUUCAUUUUUCAUAGAACAAAAUGCAAAAUUGUUACCUUUUUUGUUAAUGCCAGUCGAUCAGGUGAAAAGUUAAAAAAAGGUACCUUUUUAGAAAAAAAGGCGGGUAUUUUAAGCUUUCGGGUGAAAAUAUUUUAACGUCAAUAUUGUCCGCUUUUCAUCCAUUUCUCACUUCACCAAACAAAACUUUGAAGCGCGAAAAAGGUACCUUUUUUUCAGUUUGAAGCGAUCUCUUCAGAAGCGCGAAAAAGGUACCUUUUUUGCGGUUUAGAAACGUUCCUAGUAAAAGAGCAAAAAAGGUACCUUUUUUGCGGUUGGAAGCGAUGUUCUCAUGAGUGUGAAAAAGGUACCUUUAAAAAUAAAUGACGUUUCCAUUAAAAUCCUACUGAUUGGCAGAUGUCAAGGAACCGUUGGCGCCCCUAACGAACGAUACACAGACGUUUUUAGGGGACUCUAUGUCCCGUUUCUACAAUCGAAUUUCGCAGUCCCGAAUCUAAUUAAAACGAGCAUCCUAUCCUAGACUGCCCUAGAAACACCUGUAUGGGAGGCUAUUCCUCAGUGGCCCCGGCUAUUUAACAUAAAUGGCUCGGACGCGCAAUAUUAUAAUUAUCGCGUCCUGCAUUAUUGGCAUAUUUUCCGAGCUACGUACGUGGACGAGGGUCUACUGUGGGGAAUCAUCGGACUAAAAAAAAAUAGCUGGCUCCUUUUAGCCGAUCAAAAUUGAGAAACUAGACUGAAGAGAACCGAAAAUACUGGCUACCAUCCAAAUGGAUGAAAUAGCUACUAGGUCUUUCAAACUAGAUGCAUGUGGAGGACCUAAGCAAGCCGGCCCAUUUUUAAGCCUGGAGCGACGACUGAAAAAAAGUCCUAUACGAAAAGUCGAACCAUUUUAAUCUGCGAAAAAAAAUAUAUCAGAUUCUACGUCGAUCUACGACAAACAGCAGAGAAGUGUUUUUUUCUUUUAAGUCUAAACUGAGCGGGUUAUCAUAAUAACUGUUUAGUUUCUUUGGUGCCUUUUUUCACUUCUGAACGAUGGAAUCCACUUCGUAUUCGUUCAGUCGUCUAAUCCCAUAUUUAGCACAAAACAAUCGCACGUUUCUUUCUGAAAAGCCUCUUGUUACUUCUGGAAAGUUUUGUCUGAGAAUUUCACUGACAUUUUUGUACGUUUUAUUGUCUUCAAUGAGAUUCCUUAUUAAAGUAACAUUGCUUUCCAUAUAUUCCGCCAUAUUUGUCUCUUGACUAGUGGGUCAGUCAAUUCAAGCAAAACAAAUGACGCCAAACGGUUGACAUCUGUCAAUCAGUAGGAUUUGAAACGGCUUUCAAAUAUAAUUUGAAAACGACAUUUAUUUUUAAGGUUCCUUUUUCGCACUUACGAGAACAUCGCUUCCAACCGCAAAAAAGGUACCUUUUUCGCGCUUUUGAAGAGAUCGCUUCAAACUGAAAAAAGGUACCUUUUUCGCGCUUUAACGUUUUGUUUGGUGAAGUGAGAAAUGGAUGAAAAGCGGACAAUAUUGACGUUAAAAUAUUUUCACCCGAAAGCUUAAAAUACCCGCCUCUUUUUCUAAAAAGGUACCUUUUUUUAACUUUUCUCCUGAUCGACUAGCAUUAACAAAAAAGGUAACAAUUUUGCAUGUUGUUCUAUGAAAAAUAAAUGCAGAAAGUUAAUUUUUCUGCUCUUUUCAAGUAGCAGAGUUGAUCUUUUUGUGAAAAAGCAGAAUUGCCGGAACCUUUCACUGAUUCACUAUGACCAAGGGUUACAUGGAAACAGUUAGUGAUGCCAUGUAAUGUUCUUUUUUAGGGGCCAAAGUUACCGAAAAGUUGCAGUACUGCUAGAAAAUGUUGCAUGUUCAAGCACUGAGCAUGAUUACUGCCUGAAAGAUAAACGAGCCUUUGAAGUUCACUGGAAGGUAAUAUAUCUGUUAUGGUUGCUGGACCUUAAGAUCCAAGGACGGCGGCGGCGAAAACGUCGAUUGAAAAAUGAAUUCGCGUUCAUGCAAUCUGCAUUACGACCAUUACGAUUAUUUUAAUUCACUUACAUUAUCAAAUGUUGGCGAACUCUGCGGGAGUUGAAUUCUUAGGAACAAAAUCGAAGUUCAGAAAGAGAAAGAAAAUUUCGUAUUUGCUUGUUUACGAACUCCAUAAAACGUGAAGUUAGGCAUUUUCACGUCGUAGUCGUGCGGUGACGGAAAAGCAAUGCAGUAACAGUACAGAAAAGUAUGAUACACGAGACGAUUCGCAACGACGAUUUCUAGGGCAACACAGCGUUGCAACAUUGUUUCGAACAGUUCCAACAUUGUUCCAACAUUGCAACACCGUGUUGAGCAAAAAAUCGUCUUUACGAAUCGUCCCGUGUAAUACCACUUUAAGACUACGAUCUCACGGCACUAGACGGAUUUUCGACCGGCUUAAAAAAUUUGACCGGACACUUGGUUCGCACGGAACCGUUCAAUAUUUUUGCUCUGUUCACACGGAACUUUGAACGUCUAAGCGUCUAAAUGUUCGUUUGGUUAAGGUGGGUCCGUGUGAACGGAACACCUUAACUCGCGAAUUUUCAACCGGUCGAGAAUUCGUCCGAUGCUAUGUAAACGUAGCCUAAACCUAUUGCGUUUCUAUCGUUCUCGUUUCCUUUGCCGUGGCCGUGGCCGUCGCCGUCGCCAGAUCUUAAGGACCCUGGUAUUAGGCCUGACACGGCAGCGCUAGUGCAGCCUUUUCCCAGAUGAAAACCUUUGAAUGAAGAGGUCCACUCAACGCGUACUGAAUAAAACCGACUGGUUCUUUCUUGCCGGAUCUCUAAUGUAGAGAUGCCAAUGCCAGAGCGAUGUGGCCCGGCGCAUAGGAGGUCCUGGGUUCGAUUCCUGGCGGAAGAGCCCCUUUUCCCUAUUUUUUAUGUUCCCACGUGGCGUAGUGGUAGCGACGUGGCCCGGCGCGUAGUAGGGCCUGGGUUCGAUUCCAGGCAGAAGAGACUCUUUUCUUUGUUUGGGGGCCCUGGGGAAGGCUAAUUUUGUUAGCCGAAAUAUUGGCCUUAAUUAAAACAACCCUUUGCCGUAUUGCCAGCCUUGCAUUCAUUCUUGUUCUGUUUCCCCAGAAGUUACCAAUGUGCAUGCGUACUCUUAAGGCCGGUGUUUCACGCUAUAAUUUGUCAGUCUGAUUUGAGACCGAUCUGCCAAGAAGCCAUGGCAGAACAAAAAAUUUAACUGCCCGAUUUAAGCCGAUUUUGGUCUUGGUGUCUUCCUUUAGGUAGAGCGAUCAGUUCGAUAGAUUAUGGCGUGUAUACGUGUGGCCGACAGAUAGUUUUAUCCCAUCACUGUAUUUUUUCACCCCAAGCAUUGAGUCAGUGCCUUUGGAGAGCGAGACAACCCCCUUUUCUUUUUUCUCUUUAUUCUUUAGGAUUUAUCGAAUUUAGAGGAUGCUGUAUUAGCCACGUUUUAUGACUUGUAUGAGGAUGUAAGUAAUAGUUACCAGUAGACUAAGUGGAAAAGUUAAGACACUAGUCUCAUUGGGAUUAGUACCAAGUGUCUUUACACAGACUAAAUAUCCCCCGAGACAGACUGUUGGUGAUCGAAGUGGGAGAGAAACCGAACAUUGUUUGAGCAGGGUACGAGAAAUUUGCCAUUAUGGAUUACAUGACUCGAGAAAAUGAAGUCACGGAGUUUUUGUUGUGUUAUUUACCAAUACAGCAGCCCGUCAAAAAUUAGCAUUAUUACCCGGUGAAGUGUAUUCUUAGUAACCAGGCCGCAGGAGCAUGUCUCGCUCGCCUGACAAACUGUUCUACAGAAUAAUGCAAACCGCGAUGUUCAAACAAUUAAUGUAUUUAUCAUGGGUUACGUAACCUUUUUGGGUAGGUGUUGCAUGGUAUGUUGUAGAUAAUAUUGUUCAUUCGCGGAGGGUUAGUGUGUACAUGUAUUGCGGUGCUUUCAUUCGCGUCAGUCGACCGUCCGUCCGCCCUCAAAAUUAAAUACCCAAUGACUAAGGGCUAUCAGUUUUUCACAUACAUAUUUUGCAAGCCAUUUAGCACUCCUGUUGUAUCAUUGUUAUAUGGGUUUGGUUCAGGUUGGCUUGUUGUCUGUAGUAUUAUAAGUUGUCUUCUUGCUGUAUUUUGAAACUGAAUUGGUUUCUUGUUGUAAUCUAAAUUUUCAGACUUGCUGCGUGUUUGCAAAUUUAUUAGAGAGAUUUAGAGCGACGUUUAUGGCAAACGGCAAUCGUCAGAUUCAAGUUGAGAAAUUCCCAAAAUAGAGAACGUGCAGCUAAAAAAGUCCAAAACAACUGUUAUAAACAAACUAAUGUGAAGCUACUAAUUUUGGGGAUAGAAAUAAUGAACAGUAAAGCACAAGUUAAGGGUAAUCUUGGUCACUUGGUAGAAGUUCACGUAGUAUUAUAAUAAACAAGUUUGAAAAAGCAAGAAUUAUACAAUAGGAAUCAUACAUCGGGUGUACCUGAAAUACUGACGUUACAAGACACGCAAAGCGUAACGUGUGACGUUUUCUUUUGUAGGAUUGAAUGUCAUUGUUUGUAUUCCACGACUAGUGAUCAGUACACAACCUGGUCAACGACUUGCUAGUACUCACGUAAUUUAACUCUCAUAGUACUCCGUAGUGACGUAGGACUGAUGACAGAUAGAAUACAACAAUUAAAAGAGACAUAAUUAAGAGGGUCGCUCACGGCGCGUGUUGACACAUCCCAAAGGUGGAUACUUAUUACAUGAUAAAUGUUUUAUAUUCGUUUAUUAUACUACAGUCUUACUGUUGCAUUGUCACCGUUUUCCUUUUGCAGGGACAGAUCGAUAUUCUUAUGGUAACUGAAUCCUCAUCAACUGCGCAGUAUCAGAUUCACGCACUGGAAAAUGCGUUUUAUUACGAUGCGUCUUUCCUAAAAGUCUAUAGUAAGAUGACUUUUCUGUCUUUUUUUUAAGUGUUACAACAAUAUUGUAGCCAUCCUUAGUGAUUAUCGUGAGAGCUUCUUUCUCUACUUUGUUUUAUUUCAGUUCUUGGAGGCAGGACUUUAACAACUUGCGCGAAUGAUAACUUGGUAAGGUGCUUCAUUUUUAACGGUGCCCUUAAGAAAUUCGCCACUUUAGAAACCGGAGGGGAACUGGAGCCGAAAUAUUUCCCGCAAAGGUUUCUGGGAUUGUUACUAGGAACUUAGUCUGCUACACAGCCGUUUUUAGAGUCGUCACGCAACGCUCCUGAGGAGGAGCGUUGCGUGACGACACUAAAAACGGCUGUGUAGCAGACUACUGGGAACGUGACGGUUAGCUAUUGGCCAAUUGCUUCCCUGUCUCCAGGAAGUCUUUGCUGCAGUUAACUCGGCCAGUUUCCAUCUCUGUGUGAAGUGAAUUUCAGCUUAUUACCCUAUAAAGUGUUUUUCAGAACAGCCCGACAGGUCUCAGGAGGCAGGCUGUUUAGCUUAGGUAGAGUGCUUGCCUGCAGAGUCGGAGAUCACGGUCCGGACUUCCGGGACGGGACUAAUACUCAUGGUCUCAAAUGGGCUAUGUCACGAAAUUAAAAACUUUCUACUGUUCACACAAAGUUUCAAAAACACAACGCUGCUAGAGAAAUCAGACGAUUGCCUCGACGUCAAGGGGUUCGUUAAAGUUCUGUUUUCCUCCACACUAAAACGAAAAGCUGGCGUUUUGGAGAUUACCUACUUUGAAGAGCGUUUUCCAAACGUUUUUGGCGGACAGUCGGGUUUCCACGUGUUAAAAAAAAACUGCUACCACAAAAUCCGGCAUCAUCGUCAUCGUCUUCGUCGUCGUCCUCAUCAUUAUCAUCAUCAUCGUCAUCAUUUUCGUCAGAUUUAUUACUAUUAUUAGAUUUCUUAUCAGAGUAAAUUAAGAGUAGCUUUAACUUUUAACUUUAUUACAUAUCAUGCACUCGGAAAAAUACAUGAGAACAACUGAAGCCGGGGGCUUAAGUGGCCUAAGGUCAGCGAAAAAAAAACUUGAAGAAUUUACAUGAAUAAAACAAGGCUUUAAUUAAAAUAAUUACAAUACUAUUAAAUCAAAAGAAAGAAAAAGAGAGUCAGAGAACUUACAACUGAAAUACAAUACUUAACAACUAAUUUGCAAUACUUAGGGCCUGUUAAUGUGAUCACGUUUACACGUUAGGCGGGGUGACCCACCACAUGAUACCUCACCCACCUGGGGUCGCCCACCUCCAUGUAAACUGGCCCUAAAACAACUAAUUAUUAUGACUGUUUUGUUAUAGCCGUACGGUGUCAAUCAAGUUGGACCUUUCAUUAAGUACACUACCACAAGCACCAAUGGGGACAUAAAGUAUGGCAGUGGUAAGUUGAUACUCAUUUGGAAGCUUCAUUGUAGGCUUUCCAUGUAAUCCGCACUCCGAUCUCUAGGAUCGCUGAAAAAAGUUCAACAACUUUCUCCUCACAACAUUGAAACAUAAUCAAGGAAAACGUUUAGAAAACUAAUAUUAUUGAAUAAUCACCAAAGGGAAAAUGUAUUAUUAUUUCAAAUCACAGUAACUAUAUUACAGUCAACUCUCUCAUAGCGACCACUUUGUAAAUAACCGUUUUGUUCUUCACUGAAAUACUGUUUCAAAAACUCCCUCGUAAGCGACCACUUUUCUUAUUUCUCAAGCGACUGCGACCACUUUUAAGGCCAGAAGUUUGACAUAAUAUUUGUUUUACGUUUCUGAUAAGCGACCAACCCCCUCCUGGAAUUACUGGAAUGUCACAAUGUUCAGUUUUUAAUAUCACACUGUACUAACAAUACAGAGUGUACUUCCAAGAAAAGAUGAGUUCGCCGAUUAUCGGAGUUGCGAAGAGUUGUCCUCUCCAGUCACGAAAGUGUCUGAUAUUCUUGUUAACUUAAGGCUCAAAACACAAAAGUAAUCGAGCAUUCUAGAUUUUGUCGAGAAGCAUUUGAAUGUUACUGAGUGUUUGUAAAAUGUAGAUACUGUACAUUCUGAACUAGAGUGCAAGUAAGUAUAUGCUUCCCAUGUUUCACAUUUUUUCCCAGGUUGUUCGGUUAAAAUUGAAUUUAGGUGAUUUAUGACAACCAAGUGACAAAUUUUAAACUGCGUUGUACUUAUUGGUCGCAAAAAGAACAAAUUAGUUCCAGGCAAAGAAAACGUUGUCUUUUAACCUGAUUUUUGCUUAACAGGCAUUAUUUUUAUCUAAUUCCUUUAAUCAAUAAAGUUUGAUACUAAGAAAGACCUAAACAAGGCAAAAUGGAGAUUAUUUGACACUGUAUUAACAUAAAUAAAGAUGUUUUCGCUUUUCGUAGAAACAAUUAUCUUUUGCAUAAAAGUACAGUGCAACGCCAUUUUUGAGGGAAACAUUCUUUCCAGCGGGUACCCAACCGAGUAGGGAAAUUACGGAAAAUCCAGGGGUUGCUGGGUUUGGCAAGCACCAUUCCAGAGGGGUGGGAGUAUAAAUCAAAAGUGCCCUCCGUGGGGGGUGGGGGGUAUGGAUAUAAUUUGGAACUGCACAAUGUUUGUUCAUAUUCCUAAGGACAUUUGAUAAUGGCUAUCCUAAGGAGUUUGCAUGCAUAUUAAUCAAUUCUUUUCGUGUUUGAUAUGUUCCGUGAUUUUGUCUACAGCCGCACAGUUAUCCCAAUCAGCCUACUUUGCCCUUCAAUGUCCUUACACUGUGUUUGGAUUAGGAAGAACGCCUAACUUUGUAGACGACCUAGCAGUUGGUAUGCCUGGAUCAAUAAAAAGGGUAAGAAUUGGCAAACACCUGCACCACGUCUUCGCUGAUCGAGUUCGUCAGUACGAAUCCUAAUCUUGGUGUUCCUGUGGUACAAAGCCAAAACUUUUCGACGUAUCUCUGGCGACUGCCGAUUAGCUGCCCCUACUGAUUUUAUCAGGGGCAUCUCGAACUCCUUUCGACUCGAUUACGUUCACGUAAGGGACGAACGCGGAUCUGUAAUCAAUCGCAAGCUCUGGUAGUAGUCACUAAACCAACGCAAUAACGCAAUUGGUUUCUUUGAUAUUAAAGAAGCCGCGUUCUGAAAGUUGUCAAAAUUCAAACAGUGGAAACUGCCACCCAAUUGAGUGAAACAUAAAAAUGACCGUUCAAACGUUAAAAGAAGGUUUAAAUAACACAUCAGGAACAAAAGGAUAAACAGAUGGUCAAACUUCAAGAAGAUUGAAACGGAUUUUAAUUGAGCUUUUUGCCUAUCAUUUUUCAUUUUUGUUGUCUUUAACGUUUGAUAUAAUGUUUUUGGAGACAUAUUCGCUUGUAUAAAUGCUAAUUUUGGCUUUCACAAGUUAUUUCUGAAGUCUCACAGCGAAUAAGGACGCGUCACUGGCUCCUUUAACGCCGUCAUAUUAACCGUUUGAUUACUCGUACUAAUAAUUCAUAAAUUUGGAAGAAGGAGAAAUCUAACACCAGAGAGCACAGAAAAAAUUCCGAGAAUCGAACUCACUACCCUUCGAGUCCCAGUUCGGAUACUCUCCACUGAGCUACUGAAGGCUCUAUGACGAGCUUGGUCGAAAUACAAUUAUAACUACACCAGUCACAGGGGACUGUAUAGGAGACUUGCUUGAAAUCAGUCGUCCACCAUCGGACAAGACCAAGGCUGUGUGGGUGUUUUAACAACGGUGAUCUAUUGAACUGCGUAAUAUUCUAUUUAUAUUUCCUUCGAAAGCUGUAUUUAUGCAUUAGAGAACAUGUAAAGCAUCAUCUUUUCUCUAAAUAUUUUUUAACCUUGGUCUCUGUGUCUCUUUUUUUCCAGCCCAAAAGAAACCAAACGUGGGAGUCGAUUAUACCGAAUUCACAGGUGAUCGUGAUUCCUUAUCCCCCAGAUGACCCGUCAAGGUGAGCCAGUUGAAAUUUUUAAUAAUGAUGGAAUUGGGCUCAGAAAUGUUUCCUUAGUUUCUACAGAAGUUGUGGACGGGUGUACGGUCACUUAAAGGGACAGUGUCCCGAUUAUGCGCACGCGCGAGUGUCAUCUGUUUUUUGCUUCAAAAGACAAUAGAACUUUCAUAUUGACUCGACAAGAUUUCCUUCCGGACCGCACCGCCGACAGAGAUUUGUUGUUUAUAUUCUCAAGUAAUAUUUUAGACUUUCGAAGAAAUCUUUCGUCUUAUAUAAAAAUUUGGCUCGCGGUUCGAAGACUCAUCGCGAUUUUAUCGCUAGCUGGGUCGCCUCGCGACCCGAAAAUCUCGUUCCGCUCGCUUUAAAAACAUAUUUUCUAAUUUGAAACUCGUGUCAGAGGUCAAUCGCUCCAAGUCCAGUAAUAUCUGCCUGAUUUGCUCGCGUUCUAGCCUCAAACGUUUGAAAGACAUAAAUAAAAAUGCAAUCUCAACGCUAUGAAUCAUCACAAAGGUUAGUCAAAAAUAAUAUUAUGAUUUCAUGUCAAUAGUUUUACAAAACAUGUAGCGCCUGUUUGUUUGAUUUUGUCGGCCGUAGGGACUUUCAUUUAAAAGUUUACUAACGCGUCGUUGCAAAACAUUCUGCUUCACGAAGCUCCCCUCCACAAGAUCUCCUCAGUCACAUCAAUGUCUCAACGGUUUCUUUCUUACAGUCUUUAUUGUUGCUGUUUCAUUUCUGCGUAUUCCUUUCACAAUUAUCUGAGCUUGUAUGGAAGCUAGCAGAAGAAAUAAGCCUUCAAUCGGCAUUAAGGUGCUUCCAAUCUUUUGGUCCUCCGGCGAUGCAAACGGAUUUUUCAAGAUUCUCUUACUCUCCUCGCAUCUUUUGAUUUCGCGACAUCCUGUCCAAAAAUCAAAGUUUGGUGCAUGCGCAGUAACGGGAUACUGUUCCUUUAACUACCAAUUUUUUUCUCGGAUGCACAGAUAACCAAAUUUUAUAACCCAUGGUGCUCCGUUGCGCGCGCCUGGCCCGCGGGAGAGCUCUGCUAUAAAGUAAUAUAUCUCAGUACAGUACACUUUCGUCAUUCGUUCAAACCUGUUCAUCGAGAAAUAGUUCAAUACGGUUCCUUUGUGUUUCAUUUCGGUUUCAGCUGGACGAUGAAACUGUUGGUGACACCAAGUAAACUUGUACUACUGACAGGAUUAAGUCUUCUAGGAAUCUGUGUUGUUAUUGGUAUUAUCAUUUUGCUGUUGCAUCUCAAAGAAAAGGUGAGUUGAUCAUUGUUUCUUUUGUUUUAACCCUUCAACUCCCAAGAGUUGCCAAAAAUCCAAAAUUUCAUGUCGUGAAACAUGGACAAACAAAUAGCAUCUUCCAAAGUACUGCUGGCGAGGUUUCAUUUGGAUUGUCACACCGUAGAAUUUCAGCCACAGACUCAAAAGUUAGAACCAGCAUAUACAGCGCAGUAAAUAACACUAAGUGGAAGUACUGCAGAAAGGGUUUCACUUGAAUUGCCACACAAUUGGUUUUCGUCCACAGAUUUUAAAGUCAGAUCCACACUUCAUGCGUCCAUAAAUGACCCCUGGAGUAGAAGGGUUAUUUAAAGGCCAGCACUACUUAUGUGGCAACAUUACACCAUUGAUUGAUGUGUUGUGUCGCCCACUGUUGAGCUUCCGAAAUAACGAAGAGGCACUGAUUUAACAGCAUUUGAAAAUGUUAUAGCAUCUCUGUGGGUUAAGAAGUAAAACCUCUGUUAAAACAUCAGUUGGAAAGAAGCACUGUAUGUGUUAAUAAGUACGCCUACAAAACUUGAUAGUGGGUCAAGUUUUCGAUGGUCUUUCAUUGAACGAGUAGCAUGUAUUAACUAAGUAUAUGGAUGCAAUUUAAGUCUGGUUUAUCAUAAAUUGUUCUGUAAAGAGCCGGCAGUCUUUGUUGAAACAAACAAAUAAACAGAAAUAGAGCAAAACAAAAGAGACAAAAAAAGUAAAUCCCUUUUAUGAGGGUCCUAUUUCCAGCAACGGUUGGGGCUGCUUCCAACUGAGUUGAAUGGGUAGUGGUUCUUAUACAUCUCGUGUUUGUUUGGCCAAAUUUUAGCAGUAAUUGGUUAUUUUUAUCCGCAGUUUCGCAGUUCGUUGUCGUGAAGCUAUAAGAGCAAUAAAGUAUGAGCAUUUUGCUCAACCUUUCAGUUAUCUCAACCAAGAAAUGACUUCCUUUGUACAGUGCGAAUUUUCAAAGGGAAUGGAGAGCAAAUAGAGAUGAAUUUAGGCAAAACAUUUACUAGACACGACUCUUAAGCCAUCAUUGCCUUGUUUCUUAGUUUGAAAAAGGACAGUCGACACCUGUAAGAAGUUACUUUGUGAGGUGGUCAAAGUUUUGUCCCACUUAUAGUCAGGAUCAAAAGCUUCUUCGGAAGCUACAGGCGAAAGAUAUUCGAGCGUAUUUUCUCGAGCUGCAAGCUACAGGCUUCGCUUUUCAGUUGUUUCAAUAACUAGCCACUUAAAGCCUCUUCCAAGCCAUAUAAACUCUUCUCAUUCACAAAUUAUAUCAAUUCUUGGUCGUUUACUUGGCCUGAAAUGUACGUUUUACGUUACGUUGCAGAGAGAAGAUCAAAAAGAAAAACAGCGAGAUGCUCACAAGUUCCAUUUCGAUGCGAUGUGAAAUAUCUAGUUUCUCAAACGAAUCACCUACAGUCAGGAAAAUUGCAAUCUGUGGAAAUUGUUGGAAAGAAAUUAUGAGAAUAGUGCUUUCCCGAGGUGCAAGUUAGUUUUCAUUUUGGCAUAGGUGCUCUUUUAUACUCAGUAUACAGUUUUUUCAAAUUCAUCCCCUGUCCAUUUCAAGAGGUACUAAACUAAGCUUGCCCUCUUUGUUUUCAUCAGUUUUAGAAAAAAGAAAAACUUCGGUUAGUUAUUAACUCGUGGGUAAUGAGUAAAUUUGUGAAGAUGUUGCUAAAACGUUGUUUCAAAGGGGUAAGGGGUGAGGAUAAGGCUGUCCCGUACUGCAAUUUAGUGUUUAUUUUGGCCUAGGUGCUGUUUAACAUUGUCACUAAGAAUAGCAUGACUCUUUGUUUUUCUUGAAUAUUAAUGGUAAACCUUCUACCAGUUAUUAACUGCUAAAAGGGGCGUAUUUAUGAUGAUGGUGCCAAAAGUGACUAAUGAGACCUCGAUCUCUUUAUUUAACACGCCCUUUAUGGUGGUUUAACUUAAAAGAUGCAAGUAAUAAUACACAGGGAGCUGUUUCUUGAAACAUUAUUCUUUGCAAACCAAAAUAUAUAUCAUUGGGUGAUCAGUGGUGGGAAGUCACAGGUCAAUUCGUGAACAAGGAAUCUGAAUCUGAAUUUGUUGCUGCUAAUACGACAGCUUCAGCAAGAAAACAAUGUUUGCACGUGACCCUUGAGGUCACAUGUCAGGAAGUGAACAUGUAUCUCAGGAAAACCAUGAA